AACAAAACUGUUCAGUUAAACGCACAAAAUUUUCCAGAAAUGAAAUUCCAGAAAAUUCCGCUAGUGGCUCUAAACGUUGUCAUGACAACUGUUGACAAAACACACAUAACAGACAAUUAAAAACUUCUCAUGUCGAACAUUAACAAAAUUAACAGUUGUUCAAGAGGUGUGGAUUACAAAAAUAUUAAAGAGAUUCAGCAAUUACCCUCAUAUAUCUAACAACUGCUUAUAAUUCAACAAACGGCAGACAUUUCUUGAUCAUUUUGGUGGUAAAUAUUGGAUUUAACCUACAAUGUCGUUUGAAUUGGCUAUGGAUGCAAAUUCGGAUCAAUCGCAACCAUCAAUAAUUUUAGCAGACGUAGACAUAGAGCCUGCUAAACCUGGAAGCCAUGAAACAAUAAUUCCACAAAGCUCCUAUGUAAUUAAACCGAGUUUAGAGGAAAGAUUUAAAUCAAGUCCCAUAAAAGAAAUAAUCCAAACAAACUUGUUUGAAUCACUGGAUGGCAAAGAAUAUGACAGUGAGAAUGCCAAAAAGUGGACAAUCAAAAUUGCAAAUUCAAUUAAUCAAGAUAUAAGAGAACUGAGAAUGAAAAGGUACAAGCACAUUGUUCAAGUUACCAUUGGAGAACUGAAAGGAGCAGGUGUGAAAUCUGGUCUGAGGUGUUUAUGGGAUUCUGAAACUGAUGGCUAUACAAGUGAUGUUUUCAUGAAUAGUACAAUUUUUGCAGUUGUCGUCGUUUUUGCAGUGUAUCUUUAUUAAAUAUCAAUAAAUACUAAUUCAGUGGGUA